AAGCAAUCUACGUUCAGGGCGUGACAAUUUGGCACAAGCAGACAACACAGUUUCAAACAGUUAAACCCUGCCCUUCCUUCCUCAUAGCAGAACACCUUUAGACACAGCUGAACAGAUUGUAGAGAUGCAUGUGGAAUAUCCGUCAUAAAACAUUGCUUUAAAAAACGUCAUGAAGUUGAGUUAAUGUUCUGUUAUAGUAGAGAAUUACUUGUCUUCAUGAGAAGAUGGCUUCAUUGUCUGGAUUAACAUAACAUGGAGAAAAACCAGGUUACCAUUGUCAUCGAUUCAAAUACCGGUAGAAACUGCAGCCAAACAUUAACACAGUCGUUUUGAAUUCAUUGGGAGUCCUAAAUUGCAGUCGCUUAAAUGGGAUCUGGAUUAAGUGCCUCUGAAAACAAUCCAUUGAUUGCAUCGGAUGAGUCAGAAGAUGUUGUCAUUUUUGAAGAACUAGAUUUUGUGCUUAUUGGUUGCCAUGGGGCUGGAAAGAAUACAGCAGGAAACAUCAUCCUGAACAAAAAGGAAUUCAAUUACUGGACAUCAUGGAGCAAACAAGCUGUGAAGAAAGAGACUAAGCUAGGCAGUCGUAGAAUUACUGUGAUCCGCACUGCAGGUUGGUCUGGGCGUUCAAGUAAGGAUGAGACAAAACAGCAGAUUAUAGAAUCUGUCCGGUCCUCAUUUAAAGAUGGACCUGAUGCUAUCCUCUUGGUUAUUAGAAUCGGUUGUACAGACUCUCUAAAACCGACUCUAUCUAUUUUCACGAAUGAGGAAGGAGAGAGGAGCACGUAUGAAGAUACAUUUAUCGAAAGAGCAUUGAAUAAGACAGUGGUGCUGUUCACAAAUGAGGAAGAAUUGGACAAAUUGCAUCUAACUAUUGAGAGAUACAUUACUGACUAUAACCUUGAAGGGUUGAUAGAGAAAUGUGACGGAAGGUAUUGUGUUCUUUCUGACAAAAAGUCACGUAAGGUUCAGAAUUCAAAGCUGAUCAAGCAAUUAGAGGAAAUGAUAUCUGAAAACAGACAUGAGAAUUGCCAGGUGGAAGAGAGGUGCAUGGGCACGUUGGAGAAGAUAGUGGAGAAGACGACAAAUUUAAUAACAAACCUUGAAAAAAAGAUUGCAAGACUUGAGGAAAAGAUGCGUAGUUGUAAGAUUAAGAGAGACUUGGAAUCCUGUGAGAGGGAGAUAGAAAAACUGCAGAAGACCAUUAAACAGAAGAAUAAAGAACUGCAAGAAGUAAAGGCUUGUAUUGAAAAGUUAAGUCCCAAAGUCAAAACAGAUAAUCAGACACAAACAGAAGAGGACAACGAUUCACAACGCCUGCGAGACGAAGCAAUCAAUAAGGACAACCUGGUCUACGAGUUGAGUGCAACUAAAGCACAGUUGGAAAAAGAGUUGAGGACAGCUGAAGAAGAGUUGAAGAGCACUGAAGGAAAGUGGAGGAGAACUGAAGAAGAGUUGAGGAGAACUAAAGCAGAUUUGGAAGAACAGCUGAGGACAGCUGAAGAAGAGUUGAGAAGAACUAAAGCAGAUUUGGAAGAACAGCUGAGGAGACGUAAAAAAGAGUUGGAAAAGGCGAAGAAAACAGGAGAGUCAAAGAAUACUGAACUUUAUUUUAAACUAUCUAAAGUGUUGAACAGGAAGUCUCUUACCUCUUAUUGUAAGGAAGAAAUAAGUCAGAAGAAUAUCAAGAUAGAAAUGACUCAACGGUCAUGUAUUGACUUUCCAGCCAACCCGUCUACCCCCAUUGGUCAAGCCUUUAUCACUAAACACAAGACGGAGUUGGUGAACCGACUGGGACUCUUGCUGCCCAUACUUCUGAGUCUCCAGGAUCGAGGAGUUCUGAGUCAAGAGGAGAUUGAGGAGGUGGAAUGUAAAGACACCAAGUCCCAACAGAAUCAGGCCUUGCUCAACAUGGUUGUGCGGAAGGGAACUCGCGCCCAAGACUACUUCUACCUAGCUCUGAGAGAAUCAGACCUUUUGUUGGUGGAGGACCUGUGUAACUGUCGCAAAUAGGCCCCCAGGUCUCAGGCAAGGUGACGAGACUGAGCAAGGUCUAAUGUGUACCAAACAACGUCUACACACAAUACGUGGACACACAUUUAUCUUGCUCUCUCAUUCAUUUCAGUUGACUUAAUCUAUGGUAUUACUAAGGUUGCAAAGGGAGGGUAUAUUACUUGUAACUUUCAAAGUUUACCAGUAAACUACCAGAAUGUUGGUAACUUUCAUUUUAUCAGAUGACAUCUAUUGGCCUUCUUGAGCACUUCAGAUUAUUACAUGUGACUGUGAUUAUCUGUAAUUAUCUCUGGCCCUCAUCAAAUGUAAAUAUAUAUAAAAUAAUUUAUCCCUCUUUAAAUGAUGUUCAGCUUAUAAAAGCUUCAAAAAGCCUUUAUAAUGCCUUCAUAUGCGCUAAAUACAUGUGUUACAAUGCAUCUAUAACUGUAUGUCAUGCUUUAUAAAGGGUUCACAAAUGUGGCUUAACUGUGUGUCAUAAUCACCAAAGUCGAAUGUGACAUAAACAUGUGCUUUAUAAAGGGUGACAUGGUGUGCUGCAGGAUUACAUUACACCCAAGAACCACUGACCUUGAUGAAAGUCCCCAACAUCAGGAAACUGAAAGUGGCUUUCUUCUGGAACCAAGUUAAAGCUUCCUCAGUACACAAACACACACACACACACACACACGAAUAUAAUGAGCCAUACCGUGUGGUGCUGGGCCAAGUCAGGUCUUUGACACAUUCACCCUCUCCCCCACUGAAAGAUCAGCCACAAAAUUUGGCACCAUUGUAACAGGUUGUUAUCAAGUCCUCCAGGUAGGACUAUGCCUACUCCAAAUCAUCUUGGCUCUGACACACACAAACAAGCUUUGCAGGCCCAUCAAUCCAUUUAAAUAUCUCACACCUUACAGUAACCUGUGGGUCAUGAGAGAACCUUCAAAAAUCAGCAGAACAUUUCUAACCUAUUUAUUGACACUUUUAUGUAGUUCCCUGUAAUGCUUAGUUUGAAGUGAGACACCUUCAGUCAUUCAUAACACAUCCAUAAAGAGUCUAUAUCGCAUGACACUGUAUUUAAUUUCAGACCCCUUUGGUCAUUCAUAACACAUACACAAUGAUGUAAACACAAGUGUAUUAACUCUAAAGGAACAUCACAAAUAAACAAACACCAAAGACAUGUUUAAACCAUACAUUUUCCUUUUAUUUUUUACAUUUUUAAAAUACAAAUACAUUAAGAGGUACUGUAUGUUGGUUCCAACCUUAAAAGUAACAACAAAGAAAGUUAGCAGGUCUGGUAGGUAGCUAGCAAUUGCUGUGAAGUCACCAAGAUUAAUUUAAAUAACGAUUGAGGUAGCUAUGUAAUCGAACUCAACACCAAUAUAACUACUGUAAACUCAUGUAACUACUGUAAACAAUAAAUAAAGGAUAACUUACUCAUUUUCCGCUGUCCAGUGACACCACCAACCAAUACACCUCUAACCAAACAGUGCAUGCAAACUGAAUUAAAGGUAACUACACUCACAAAUCUAAGUUUCUUAUAUUUUUCCCAGACCUCAAAUGUGGUCCCCUGGUGUGGUUUAAGCAUUGCUGAGAAAACCGAAAAUAAAUAAUGUGUUUGUUUUAUUAAAAUGUGUGAAAGAAAACUGGGGGAAAUCUGAAACCUGAAAAACAAAACCGAGAAAACUGAUUUAAACUGGUCACAUUUGACAUUGGGGAUAAUAUCACACAGUUAUUCCACAUUUAUGAACCCUUUAUAAAGCUUGACAUACAGUUAUCGAUGCUUUGUAACACAUUUAUGUAGUGCCUAUGAAUGCAUUAUGAAGGCUUUAUGAAGCCUUUGUAAGCUGAAUGUAAUUUAAAGCAGGAUCAAAUAGGUCAAAUAAGAUUAUUUUAAAAUAAAAAAUAGAACGACAAAGCUGUAAAAUAGUUUAUAAAAAAAUAAUGCCAUUGUUGAUUAGAUGCAUUUUUAAUUAAUUAUGCUAUUUCCUGUCAGGUUAGUGUUUUUCACCAUGAAUCUUGUUCUGGAGGCAGGUCUGCAGUGGUCACUAGCUAGCACAGCCACAAAGUCAUAAAAUCACAUUUUAAACCUAACCUUAACCACACUGCUAACCCUAAUGCUUAACCAUAACCUUAAAUUAAGACCAAAAAGCAAAAUAAUUGUCAUACAUUUUCACAAUAGCCAAUUUUGAUUUUGCAGCUGGCCCAUCUAGUGGAAAUCUCUAAAUUAUGUCCCGAGGGCAAGAUUCAUGACAAUAAACAUCAACCUGCUAUUUUAUCUUGCACCGUAUAAUCUAUCAACUAGAAACUAAUGGACAAUAUAGACACAUAUACAAAAUGUUAACUAUAUAUGUUUUUUAUUUUUUUUUAUUCAAGUAUAAAUUACGGAAGUUACUAUAGAUUACCAUUGAUUAAUUGUCAAUUACCAAAACUCAAGAAAAUUCAGGUUACUUUAGGAAAUUACCGGUAGCUUUGCAACCCUAGGUAGUAUCUGCAUUUUAUUAGCACUACCUGAGAGGAACAGACUGUGGAAAGAUCUGGAAGAGCCAGAGCUUGUUGGUGUGUAAUAACGUGUUCCAACAUCACCUAGGAGAGGACAUCAGGCACUCUCACCAGUACAACGCUGCAGUUAUAAGUUUGAAGUUAUCUGCGCUGUCUACCGGACGAAGAGCCUGUCAAUUUCUAAGAAGAGGGGUUAACUUGAGACAGUUAACUUCGGACUUGCAUUCAGAGGGGUGAAGCAUUUGACAAAAUAUACUCUUCAGAAAGGACAAUAUUCCUCACUUAACAUGACAAGUUAAUUAUGUCUUAUCUUUUACUGUAGAUGAUCUGUCUGCAGCAUUGGAAAUGUUAAACUGUCUUGGUUAGGCCCCCGGGUCUCAGGGAAGGUGACUUGACUGUGAAGGGCUUAUGUAUCUCUACUACACAGGUGUACUGACUGAACACAACCAGCUCAGGGUAGGUAAAUAACCUGAUCAGAACAACUUUGUGGUUGAAGCUUGACACCCCCUGGUGUUAUGGUGGAAGGACAUUGUGGACAAUGUUGUUUUUUUAAUCUUACUCUUUACACCAGGGAUCAUCAACUAGAUUCAGCAGCAAGACAAUUUUCUUGUUGAGUGGAUGGUGCGUGUGACCAGAACAUCAUCACAAAUAAUUGUAGACUGCAAAUUGACUGCAAGAAGCCCAAACAGAUAUGUUUGACCAAAACGUAGUAAUUUCAAACCUUGCUUACAUUUCUAUAAGAUCAUGUCUCUCUUAUGCCUGGGAAUACUUGGGAACAUAUUUUUUUAAUUAAAAUCUCUUUUAUUUGGGUUACAUCCCUGUGUUUUUGUAUACGUGUUUGUUUUGGGCUUCGUCCCCGUGCCUUUUCAUGGCAUGUUGUAUAUUUGGGGUUUGGCAUUAAACCCCCUUACGAAUUCA